CAUACCUUGUUUCUCCAACCUCUAAAAUGAAGGCCUUCUACUUCUUGACUCUCCUCUUCGUUCUUGCUAUCAGCACUGAAUAUGCUUUAGGCGACUGCUUGUCUGGAAAAUUCCACGGGCCAUGUGCAGUAUGGGAUAAUGGACUAUGCCGUAGACUAUGCGGUGAAGAAGGACGUCAGACUGGUCACUGCAGUCCUAGCCUGAAAUGUUGGUGCGAGGGAUGUUAACUAUAUCAAUAAAUAAUGUAAUUCGGUUAGAAUUAUAAUUCAAUUAAUAAAAAUGUAUUCUAGCAA